AUGGUAUUCGGUGCCGGUGUGGGAUACCUGGAAUGGUACAAGGCACAUGUAUUGCACAGGAUUGAACGAGCUUUUGAGCCUGGUUACGAUCCGGCUUUGGAAUUAUCCACCCUGCACGCACCAAACUCAUCCCAUAUCCACCGCCGAGAACAGCCAAUCAUCGACCGCAUCGUAGCAGGUGAAGAUAAAGGAGGGUAUUACCUGGUAAUAGGAUCCAAAGGAACCGGGAAGGGUACCAUGAUACUAGAUGCCAUGCGGAAAAUCAAUGCCGAAGGUGUAUCCUUUUGCGAAGCCCACCCGGAUCUUGAGGUAUUCCGACUUCGUUUAGGAAAAGCUCUCGAUUUUGACUUUUUUGAAGACUGGCAAGGAUCCUUGUUUUCACGUGCGGAUCCGAGAAACGGUGGGCCGGCUUUGGACGUAGAAAGAGCCUUGAACAAACUUGAAAAGGUCGCUCUGCGAUAUGCGAGGAAGAACGGUAGACCGUUGGUUCUAGCUUUCAACAAUAUACACCUCAUCCCUAACACCACAGAAGGUCAUGGACUGCUCCAUCAACUCCAGCAGCGGGCGGAAGCUUGGGCUGAAGGGGGCAUUCUGACCAUGAUUUUUUCGACUGAUGACUUCUGGUGCCUGGACAUGAUGAAAAAGAACGCUUCACGGAUGCGUAUCCUUAGUGUAUACGACCUGUCGGCGUCUGAAUCACUGCGAGCACUACGGCACCUUCGAAGACAAGCUCUAGCCAAUCGAGGGCUGGAAAGAAACGUGGAAGAAGACGAUGUAUUGAGGCGGGUUUAUGAGCUAGUCGGUGGGCGCACGAGCUAUCUGGCGAGAGCAGCGAGAUCCGACGAUAUGCUGGAGGAAGCGGAACAGAUGAUUGAGGGCGAGAAGCAAUGGCUAUUGUCAAACUGCUCAUGGCUUCUACUCCGCCAUCUCGCCAAGAUGAUCCCUCCCCUUUCGACGUAUCCGCAGAUCGACGACAGUAUCCCUCCGCCGGACAACAACGAGCUGCCCGUUGGUGAUACAGCUCCAGAGGCAGAAGAGUCAAACAGCAGUGUCAAUGUGACCCCUCCUCCAGUCGAACCGUCCAGCGCAGAUAUCCACCUGCCUCACGUGACAUAUGAAGCUGCAAGGAGGAUUAUGACGCGAGCUGACUUUUUGAACGAUCUGGAUCACUAUCAUCUGCACCACGAUGUCAGACCAGAUUCUCUUCUACUGCUGAGGGCUGCUCAACAGGUCGUAUCGGCAGAUGACUUUGAUGACGACUUGGAUACCACUCGUGAUCGUGUGGAUCAGAUUGAAGGUCUGCAUCGACAGAGUGAAUUGACCAUCAAGGAACCCUUCAAGGUGACAUUUGACAAAAGUAACGGUAAGGCUGUCUGGGAAGUCAUAGGGCUGGGUGAUAGUUUUGUGCCAACCACAGAAGUCGAGGAAGAACGACUAGUAUGA